UUUACAGAUACGGAGUACAUAACACCAGCUGCCGUCAGCAUAGCCACCAGGGCAAGAGCUACAAAACCACCGAAGCACAACUCAAUUGCGAUCGGUCUUUGGCAUUGAGAGAUGAUGUCCUCACCUCUGCGAGCUCGUUCGUCGAACGAGGUUGAUCCCCAUAGUGCCGCUCACAUCUACUAUGGCCAGAAUGCCAUUCACAAAUCCAACCACUUCCGAACCCGCACCUUCUCUACAAAUCAAGCCCCGACAUUUGACAGAACAGGCAUCAAGGCACCUGUCCGCCGAAGCAGCCAUGAUGAGACGACUAUGUUUGGGAGAACCUAUCUUGUCGACGUCGAGCAGACUAUAAAGAAUUUGAAUGAGCAGGAGGAUACCGAUGGGAACUUCCAAAUUACUAUCGAAGAUAAUGGUCCAAAGGUCAUUUCUCUCCCUACUGCCGGUUCGAAUGGCUUCAAUAGAAAGGAGGUCCGCGGAAAUUACAUGCUUUCGAAUCUCUACCAGGAAAUGUUUCUUGCAAAGAAGCACGGACAAUCCCAUAUCUUUCUUGAUCAGGAGAGACUGAACGAGAAUCCCGUCAGCCGCCUGUCUCGUCUUAUCAAGCACGAUUUUUGGCGAAACCUGACUCGAGUCAUUGAUGGAUCGGUGAUUGAGAUUGCAGGAAGAGAUCCAAAGGACUGGACAGACGAUCCUCGUCCUCGUAUCUACGUUCCUCGAGGCACCCCUGAGCAAUACGAAUACUAUACACAGGUUGCUAAGGAUAGGCCUGAAAUCCGCUUGGAUGUUUGUUGGCUUCCGGAGGAGAUUACGCCUGAGCAUGUCAGAGAUUUGAAUGACAAGCCGGGUCUCUUGGCAGUCGCUAUGGAGGAGACGGUCGAUAUCUUUGGCAAGAAGACGCUUAAAGGUAUUCCUUUUGUCGUACCGGGCGGUCGUUUUAAUGAGCUCUACGGAUGGGAUUCAUAUAUGGAGUCACUUGGCCUUAUUGCAAGCGAGCAACCAUAUCUGGCCAAAUGCAUGGUCCAAAACUUCGUUUUCUGCAUCCAGCACUAUGGCAAAAUUCUCAACGCCACUAGAAGCUACUACCUUUGUCGAUCGCAGCCCCCAUUCCUCACAGAUAUGGCUCUUCGGGUCUAUGAGAAGAUCAGAUCAGAGCCUGAUGCAAAGCAGUUUCUGAAGACUGCUAUCCUUGCAGCAAUCAAGGAGUACCACACGGUUUGGAUGGCCGAACCAAGAUUGGAUAAAGCCACUGGCCUAUCUCGUUACCGGCCGCAGGGCCUUGGUGUUCCUCCGGAGACCGAAUCUACUCAUUUCACGCAUAUUCUUGAGCCAUAUGCGAAGAAGCAUGGUUUGACUUUCGAGGAGUUUGUCAAGGCCUACAACUCCGGCACCGUAAAGGAGCCAGAACUUGACGAGUACUUCCUGCACGACCGGGCAGUCCGUGAAUCUGGACAUGAUACGUCCUACAGACUGGAGAAGGUUGCUGCAAAUUUGGCCACCAUUGACCUGAACACCCUCCUCUACAAAUAUGAGAAGGAUAUCGCCCAUACCAUCCAUUAUUUCUUCAACAACAAGCUCCCUGUCCCGAAGGAAUUCCUGGUUGAUGGGAUGAAGCCUGGCCACGUCGAGUCAUCUUCUAUCUGGGACCGUCGAGCAAAGCUUCGCAAAAUUGCAAUUGACAAGUACCUUUGGAAUGAGAAGAAGGGAAUGUACUUUGACUUCGAUACUGUCAAGAAGGAGCAGUGUACUUACGAGAGCUGCACAGCCUUCUGGGCUCUGUGGUCAGGAGUUGCAAGCCCUGCACAAGCUGCGAAGCUCGUUGCUAUUGGCCUUCCGAUGUUCGAAGCUGCUGGUGGCUUGGUGUCAGGUACAGAGAAGUCUCGAGGUGUCGUUGGUCUCGAACGUCCUAAUAGACAGUGGGACUACCCAUACGGAUGGGCACCACAGCAGAUGCUUGCAUGGACCGGCUUGGUUCGCUACGGUUAUUCCGAAGAGGCCGAGAGACUGGCGUACAAGUGGCUGUUCAUGAUGACAAAAGCUUUCGUUGACUACAACGGUGUUGUGGUCGAGAAGUACGACGUCACCAGAACCGUUGACCCCCACCGCGUCGAUGCCGAGUACGGAAACCAAGGCCUCGACUUCAAGGGUGUUGCUACUGAAGGCUUCGGUUGGGUCAACGCCAGUUACGUCUACGGACUCCAACAUGUCGACGCCCACUGCCAGCGCGCCCUCGGAACCCUCAGUACCUGGGAGCAGCUGUACAAGCAACGCGCCACCCUCUACGAGAAGGACGAGAAAUAAUCUGGCGCAGAGGACAAGGAGAAGAAUCCGAGUAACAAACGAACGAGUUUUCUUACUCUGUUCUGACCGGAUCUACGUUUCCUCCUUCAUUCACGAGUUAUGACACAAUGUGCUACAUCAGAUACCCGAUAGACUCUUCGGUUUUUUUUCUUGCCUUUGACAUUGAGGUUU